GUCAGUCGACAUUGGACCGAUUAGCUCCGCGUUCCUGGGUUCCGCGUUGUGCCUUGUGCGUGCGCCGUGGAUUAUACCUCCCCCGAGUGCCACUUCCAAGUGCCACCCCGAGUGCCAGUGCCACCUAAUUGCUCCGCUUUGUGUUAGUGUUCCUCGCCAGUCGCGCACCGAACCCCCGAUUCUCAAGAGGCUUUCUUACACCGACGAGCCAGGAUUUACAGUGAACCGAAUCAGUGACCGGACUCAGUUCGUGAUAAUUAUUCUUCAACCCCGGUUUCAACCCCGAGGAGAACCGUACUUCAAAUCGUGCAACUGCCACCCGUAGUGUUACGCAGCGAAUUUCAAGCGGUCGAAUUGUCAGUGGCCCUGCAACUUUAUUUUCCCACCCUCUCUCCAUCAGUGUAUUUCUCAAUUGUUCUCCAAUAUCAAACUAGUUCCUAUCGAAGUUUUUCAAAUUUCCCUUGACUGCUGUGAAAUCUCCCGACGAUUUUCAUCUCAGUUACGUGGAACGCCCCCGUCUCAAGUUCUUCGUGCUCAUCAGUGUUAUAUUCACGUUAAAUUUCCCCCGGUGUAAUCGUCUAAUUAUAAACCAAAAGUUCCUAAAGAAGAAAAACCCUGAAGACUUUAACUAUCUCCAAUAAAUAUAUAUAAUUACAUUAUAUAUAUAUAUAAUUAUAUAUAUAACUAUAUAGGAAUAUUCUAAAUCACGCCGUUUAAGUUUAGUGCAAUUUUGACGCCGGGUAGACUUAUUCCCCAGCAUCCCCACGUAUGAGAUCCUCCUAAUCAGUGGCGACGAUCCGAAGUGCAAUUCGUGUUCGGGGAUGAAGCGGUACAAAACCGGCGAGAAUGUGCGCGGUUAGGACUUGAACCCUCGUCGUGUGCGGGAACAGAGACCCCAGGCAAUGAUGCCUCUAGCACCCACCCCGAUCGUGGCGGUGCCGGCCAAACCCAAAAUCGGCUUCUCCAUCGACAGCAUCGUCGGGAGCAAUGAGAACCAGAACCAGAACCAAAACCAAAAAACCUCCCUCUCGGUCAAUUCCUCCCCGAGGAGCGACUCCAUGUCGCGGACGCCCUCCCCCAUGGACGACCGGAUCCGGGUGAAUUCCUCCCCCGAGUCGCACCGGUCGAGUCGGUCCGUGUCGCCGACCCUGGACCCAGGCCGGUCGCCACCGCCGGUCAUCCGGCCGUCGGCCCUGCCGCCGGGCCACGUGCCCGGCUUCCAGAAGGGCCUCUGGCCGGAGCCCCUGGUCCACCCCGGACACCAUAUUCUGGCCGCGGCCGCCGCGCAGCACUUCCAACAGCAGCUCCUGAACAACGGGUCCUUCCCGGCGCACCCCCCGACCUCGGGGGCGCCGGCCCUCAUGCCCUCUAGUCAUCACCCCUCGCACCCGCCGCCCAGGGAUACCUACCCCCUGUACCCGUGGCUCUUGUCCAGGCAUGGACGCAUCUUCCCGCAUAGGUUUCCUGGAGGUCCAGACAUUCCAGGAUUUUUAUUACAACCUUUCCGAAAACCAAAGAGGAUACGAACGGCCUUCAGUCCAAGUCAACUCUUAAAAUUAGAACACGCGUUCGAGAAGAAUCACUACGUUGUCGGCGCAGAGAGGAAGCAGUUAGCCCAGUCACUUAGUCUAACCGAAACUCAAGUGAAAGUUUGGUUCCAAAACCGGCGGACGAAGCACAAGCGGAUGCAGCAGGAGGAAGAAGCGAAGGCGCAGCAGUCCUCGGCCAACAAGAACUCGCACCACGUCAACAAAUGGAAGCAGGAGACGGCGCAGUCGGCCAACAAUAACAACAACAACAACGAGGCGAGCCCGACCAAUGAGCGACCGCCCUCGAGUCAGUACGGCACCGACGCCGGCCCAGGACCAGGGCACGGACGCUACGGCUCCGAAAGCCCGACCCACCUCAGGCACCGCGAGUACAGCGAGGGGUGUAGCUCUGGCUCCGAGGCGUAGGUACCGUCGGGAGAAGAGGGAGUAGCGCCGUGAUGAUCUUAGAACACGGGAAAAAUGAAAUUGCUGAUUUGAACAUUUUGCAGUUCAAAAAAGUGCCCGACAUUCA